AGUACAGUACAGUACCUGCGGACACACGCUCACGCGCGUAGUGCCGCACUAACCCAAAUCCAAAACACAGCAGAGCGUCGCGCGCGCUCUUUCACCGCCCGAGCCGAGGGAGGGGAGCGCAACCGAUCUCAAUUCAAACUGUGGGAGAAAACUGUCAUACUGUUACCUUUACUUCAGUGUCUACCGGAUACGUGCUCGUUUUUCUCGUGGUAUCUCACCGGAAAACUAUUUUGAAACUCCUUUGUACUUAAUUUUUUCAUAACCCUUUCAGUCCUGCUGCUUUUCUUCUUAUUUAUGCGCACGUUUUCUUGAUUGUAUUUGAUUUAUAUCUGGUACCUAUUAUUGAGUAAGUUAUCAAGAGGAUUCCUUGGAUUAAAACUCGCCUUUGGAUCUUGGAGAAGAAGUCCUUUUCGUGCGUGUCUGCGCCUGUCUGUCAUCCCUCACCUCUUCCCUUGAGCGGGUCGCGCGCGCGCACACGCGCGCGGUGAGUUACUGUCCGGCGCGCGCCCCGCUAUUGCGGCACGUGCCCCCUCUGACGAUUUGCGGUCGCGUUGGACACUUCGGCGCAGCAGCGGUUAGUAAUCGAGGGCUGUUUCUUUGAGCGGUCUCCUGCUCGCCCCGCAUCUCCAUUUCCUUCUCGACUUUUCCCUUUCUUUUUUAUUAUUGCUGUAAUCGCGCUCCUCGGCUCGUGCGCGCCACCCCCCCUCCACCCCGUCCGCGCUCCCCAUCAUCAGUCCGUCGCUCUUUGAUCCGCCGCAGCCAAAUCAUGUCCGCUCCAGCCCCUGAUGCUGCUGCCCCAGCCGGUGCUCCAGGAGCCCCUGGGGCCCCAGGAGGAGAGGGAGCUGCCCCAGGCGGUGGACCCCCAGCACCUCCCCCCAACCUCAGUAGCAACCGCAGACUACAGCAGACACAGGCACAAGUGGAAGAGGUAGUGGACAUCAUGCGCGUGAACGUGGAUAAGGUCCUGGAGAGGGACCAGAAGCUGUCAGAGCUGGACGACCGUGCCGAUGCACUCCAGAUGGGGGCCUCCCAGUUCGAGAGCUGUGCCGCCAAGCUGAAGAACAAGUACUGGUGGAAGAACUGCAAGAUGAUGAUCAUGAUGGGAAUCAUUGGGGUCAUCGUGGUUGGAAUCAUUUUCUUGUACUUCUUCUCUUGAGCGGAGUUUGAGCUGAAGGACCAAUAUGCAAGUGCGACGACGAGAGGGAAGGAAACCCAACAUGAAGAAAUCCCACUCCCCUUGGCCCUCCGGUCUCCUCUUCCCUCCGUCUUCCCUCUCUCCACACAGAAGUCUUCCAUCCAGCCAUCUUGCACUCUAAAUGUGUCAGUAGUGUGUAGACAUCCAUGUUUCUCUGCUCUUUCCCCUACAGCUCCCUUCUUCUUCUUCUUCUUCUUCUUCUUCUCCUUCUUCUUCUUUCCACUUCCCCGUUUCUCUCCAUGCCUGUUUCGUGUGCACCUCUCACUCUCUCCCAGCGCUUUGUCUGCCAUGUAGAGGGGCCAGCAGGCAAUAUACCGCAAGGGGGGGAACAGAAGGAGUGUGUGAGGAAGGGGGAAGAAGGAGAGGUGGAAGAUUGACGCUCAGAAUGGGCCAGGACAGUCGAACAGGGAAGUGUAUGCAGGGAAGCAGAGCGGGAGAUUAAGUUUUUACUUUCUUAAUAUUGUUAUGCCGAUUAUGACAAAGCUUGUUCAUUUUUUUAAAGCCGCCUGCAUUUAUAUGUCGAUACUAAUAUACCUAACAACUUUACAAACCCUCCUGCUCUUACUGCUACUACUUUUACUACUAUCAUUACUGAUAGAGACUCAUAAUUAUUUUGCUGUGUGUGUGUUUGUGAUACAAAUAUUAGCUACCAGCUUUUGCAGAUAUAGUUUCUAUUUUGGUGCUCCGCUCUUUAUUCUUCUUUAUUUGUGUUGGUUAGUCACCCUCUCUUGGAGCGUUACCCUGUCUCUGACACGUAGAGUAGCCGACUGAGAGGAUGCAGAAGAUGGAGUGCCGAGGUAGACGGUAAGCUAUGUAGAAAGAUGGGAGCUGAUGAACAGGCUGACGCAUUGACACUCUCUCUAUGUGUUUUCUUCAGUCCCUUGUCCAGUGUUUAAUUAAAUGUGCUUAUUUAUUUAAUCACUCUGAUGAUGAUGUGCCAGCAGUUAAGUAAGAUCCACAUUAUAAUAUUUAAAUAUAAUAUUUAAUGCAAGUUAAAAAUGUAAUAAUUUCAAAUGUGUUUCUCCAUUUCCUUUUGAAAAAUGAUUUUUUUAGAAAUGUCAGAAUGGAGUCCUCCGACUCUGUUCACACUGCCUUA